CGACUAACCCAUGUCCAACUGCUGUUCACAUGGAACCUUUCCCCACUUCAGUCCUCAAAGUUCUCAUUUGAGUAUUUGCUACUACCACCAAGAUCUGCACUAGGGGCCGUUCGACCCGGGAUCACUCCCAAGGCUUCGUCACGGACCCCCACGCCUGCCUACUCGUCGGGGCAUCGUUUCUACCCCGACGGCGAGGUAUGGGUAGCACGCUUGAGCGCCAUCCAUUUUCAGGGCUAGUUCAUUCGGCCGUGAGUUGUUACACACUCCUUAGCGGAUUCCGACUUCCAUGGCCACCGUC